CUGCUAAAUUGUAAUUGAGGAUCUUUGCAUUGCGCGGGUUGCAGAGAGAUUAUGAAAUGAUGUGAACCUGCGGUUUGUUUACAACAGGUGUUUGACAGCCAGUCGUCAUUAUUAUAUUAUGAUGUGAAUUUAGCAUUGUGAAGUGCAAGUAUGCUUCGGUUCGGACAAGAUCAAAUUCGAGCCUCUAAUUAUUGUCAAAUGUGAAUCUGUAUGUACAUUUGACGUAGGGAAAGCAUUCAGAUGCAGUCAGCGGAAGCGGCAGCUGCAGCAGAGUUCAGCCGCUUGCGGCCACUCUGCACAGCUGUUAUGAAGGAUCCAACAUUGGACAAUAUAAUGAAACUGAACACUGUCUUAUUGGGCUGCCCACGGGAAGCAUUGCAGGCCCUACAGGCAUAUGUGAUGUUUCCAUUGGAAGCUCAUCUCCGCGCACCACAGACAAGGUUGAAAACCCGACAGGCCCUUGUUGAUUCUUUAAAGAUUCUUCUGAAAGUAACGGAGGCUGAUAACAUCAACACAUUUUUCAGAAUAUAUACACUGAUAUUUAAUCAUUUGUAUGACAAAGAUCAAGAGAAUUUAAUAUCACCCAUAAAUGAAGAACUGAAGGUAUCUUUGUUAGACUGUGCAUGUGAGCUGUUGAAGAAAACUCCAAUCCAUGUAAAGAUGCAGGUGUAUGAAGUUAAGAACAUUCCUUGGCUGAGUCAGGGUGUGUAUGUGUGUGUCCAGAUACAGCAGCAUGAAAAGUAUAGGCCUCUCAGGAUCACUGCAAUUGAAUGCCUGAUGCUGCUGAACCAAACACAUGACAAUGUCCAACGGUCCAGCAUUGAAAUACAAGAGAAGGUGGCAGAUGUUUUUGCUGCAAUGCUCCCAGGGGUGUUGGCUGGAAUCACGGCAACUCUCAUGGGAGAUCCUAAACAAGGGCAUGCAGUCAUUGUGGUAGCUCUUGAAGCAUGGUGGAAACUGUUGGUUCUGUUGUUGGGUGACAGCUCAGUGCCUGAUAACAUGGCAGUUCCAAAGUCUCUGGCAGAACUUGUCCACAGUGCCACAGUGAGAUACAAACAAUCUCGAACAGAGAGUGCUACGCAGGAUACAGAGGCAGUCCUGAAGAAUGCUCAUGGCAGGACAGUGGAGUGGCAGAGAGCAGCAGCCAGCAAAGUUGAACGGCCCAUUAUUUUGGUGGCUGAAAGUCUGCGGAAACAUGGACACCCGUCAGUCCGGAAAAGCCUAGCUGUAGCCUGUCAGCAUUUAUUGGAGAACAGUGCAAGAAUUUUGUCCGGUGCUAUACCAAGCCUGAUAGACACUGUUGUGGUACUCUCAGAAGAUUCUGAUGCGCUAGUGUCUAAAUGUGCAACAACUGCUGUAUCUAAUUUCUCUGAAAGACUGUCAUCAGAUGGGGGAUCAUUGAUCACUGUUGUAGAAAAUAGGUUGCACUCACUCGUAGAGGCCCUCCCAGAGCUGCUUCACUGCCGACAAGAUGAAGAACAACAACUGUCUGCCUUGCAUCAGUUGAAAGGUUAUCUGCGAUUGCUGGCUCCUGCUCAUUUGUUGCGCUUGUCACAGUCACCUGUACAUUGUCGCAAAUUAGUUGAUGUGUUGCUGGAUGCUGCUGAGUUGGACACUUCAGGGAUCUCGUUACUGGAGGACUGUGGUCUUAGAGAUGAUGACGCUCCCAUUACAAGGGUCCCAUGGCGAAGUAUGCGUCAUCUGUUUGCACCUUCUGUUGUUGCUGCUCUGGAAAAGGUUUGCAAGCUCCUUGGAAGUUGUGGACAUUUGGAUACAGUAGCUGACACAUUGCUGCAACUGGUCUUUGAGAAAACAGAAGCUGCUUUGAUCUUAAAUAUGGUAAUUGCAGGGGUGUCCAAGGAACACCAAUCAGUUUGGCCAGUAGUGAGGAGCAUCCUUGAUAUUUAUCUGGAACCAGCUGUGUGGUACCGCCCCCUGUCUGUAACAAAGUCUGUUCCCUUGGGAGCAGCCCAAACCAACUUGAUGCAUGCUUGCAUACUUGUUGAGGGUGUGGGUAUCAUGUAUGAGAAGGUGCCUGAAGACAGUGUGCCUCAGUACCUAUUGAGAACACUGUUUCUUACACUGGAACGAGUUGGCUCCCCACACAAGAUAUUGUCAGAUGCUGGGAUGGCAGCAGCCAGAGCUAUGUCGGGUGGAAAUGUAUCUUCUCUCGUCUGGAGCAAUGCUGACUACUUGGCAUUCCAUACGGCUCGCAACUUGAGAUUGCCUGAGAGGCAGCAGGGAGCUCUCGCUGUACUUGGAGUCCUUUUGAGGCAUAGCCAUUUGGAAAACUUGCCACAACUCAGGGACAUGGUUGGACUGGUAAUAUCUCAGACUGAACAUCAGGAUGACGAGCGUUCUUUAGCCCAGCUACAUGUGAUGAGAGCAUUUGUUGGUUGUGUACGGAGUUGGUUGAGUCAAAAGCAACCGUUGGCCCAAAGCGAAGAAAUUCCCUCAGAUCCAAAGAGACUAAAGCCUGUGAGCCUUGUAACAGAACUGCUGGAAUACAAACAGAACAAGCACCAAUGCCUAGAAGAAGAACCAGAGACCCUCAGCAUGGAUGAAAUAGGAAAAAGAUUUGCUGCAGAAGCAACAGCAUCUCAAGAACAAGAGGAUUAUAAUGAUUCAUCGGAAGAUCACCAAGAGCGUCUUCCACCACAUGUUGCUGCUGUGCGGGAGGUGUUAAGUCGAUGCCUUCAUACACUUCCACGAUCUCAUGCUCCUCGCCAUCAGGUUAUUUCACUGGAAACUCUGACUGAUGGGGUGCAUUGUCUGAGGACACAUUCCAGCACCUUGCUGAGAUUGACACACAAGAUAUGGGAGGCAAUGGCACCUCUCUUUCGAAGUCCAGACCCAUUGGUCCUUGCAAGAUGUUUUACUCUGCUUUGUGCUCUUGCAUACACCUCAGGUGACUUCCUGCGCUCCAGAUGCAUAAAAUUAGCACUACCUCCACUGUUCGAGUUUUUACGUCGCUCUGCCCACAAUAGCACACUGCAAGACAGUGCAAGUGCAUAUCGCUUCACGCAGGCAUAUAAAUUACAGCUGUGCCUUCUGCAAGGCCUGGGACGUCUAGCUGCAGCACUGUCCAUGAGUGGCCGCCCACUGAGGGACCUUGUGGCUGUGUGCGCCCCUUACCUCUCUUCUCAGCAGCCUCGUCCUCUGCAGGAAAGUUGUGUGGAGCUGUUCAUGUCAUUGUACCUCGUCGAUGCUGAUAUUGUAUGGUUCAGUUUGGUGUGCCUGUGGUAUCCAACACCCGAAUUGGUACCCCCUCCAACAAAUAAGAGCUUGGAGGUUCAUAAACUGCCUGGGAGCUGUGGAGAAGAUAGUGAGUACAAGAAGAAUGUUUCUCACAUCCUGCAACACUUGCAGAUUUUGUAACAAAAACUCAGUUAAUGCCAAAAAUCAUCAUGGAAAGCAGAAGAAACACAUCUUCUAGUCAUAUAGUUCAGUUAUAAGCUGCAGUCAUAAGACGUAUGAAGAAAAAUUGAAUGAAAUAUCAUGUGUCAUGUGUUUCAUCCAUUUCUUAUGUGAGAUUACAUUUUGUGUACAUAUAAUUGUGAAUAUGGCAAUUACAUUAUUAUAGAUAGUAAAA